GUUGGCGAUCUCGAGACGCCAGAGUCGCAAGGUCGAAAGUCUCGGGCGCCCGUAGACCGACCGGACCGGCCAACUCCAUCUCGUCCAAUCGGGAAAACGCCGCAAGUGGGCAAACAAAGUUUCUGUAUGCGAAUCCCACCUCUUGUCCGGUCGGUUGGCACUAGAUUGGCCGACAUCAGCGUUCAUGAAUUGCUCGGACUCAGUCUUCGUCAACGCCGUGCCAUGCAUCGGCACACUUUUGGUCAGAAGGUCCCACAUUGGCAUGAAGACAUUUCAAUGCAAUGCCUGUCCGCAGUUGUCGUAGCUACAAAGCGUACAUUUUCGUUGAACGAAGACCUUCUUCGUUCCACCUCAAGCCAACUGGUCAGAGUGUUUGCCCAAAAUCUGGCCUGUCACCUGCCCCGACGUGGGAUCAACUGUUUCGGUGAACCUCUUCUCGAGCCGAGCCUCGGCUUCUCCUCAUUUCACGAAGACUCUAGCGUUUCUUCUCUCGAGCCGCUGUACUCGCCCGAGGUCGCCUCGUUCGGGCAUACUGCAACGCCGACGCCGACGUUGACGCCGACGCCGAUUAGCAUGACCUCUUCAAAGUGUCCGGACCAGACGGCCGCCUACAUUGUCCCGAUCAACCUGCCCGGCAGAUUCUGCAUGAACAGAGAGCCCGUGGGGCUGGAGGCGACCAGCCGAGUCAACUGUUUCGCGCCCUCGGCCGCGUCCUUGUUGGGCUCCGAGCCCAUUUUCAACGAACCGGCCUCCCUUUUCCACUCCGGCAGACCUCACGAGGCCUGCCUGCGCAACAGACGAGCC